CGGCAGGUCGGGGCUGGGCGGGCAGGGGCCAGGACACCUCGCUCCUUCGGCCGCUCACUCUCGUACCCAGUCCCUGCAGCCACGCCGGGCGCGCACUCACACUUCCUCUCGGCGCGCAGCUCCGGGGCGCGAUGGACGCGGCACUGCUCCACAGCCUGCUGGAAGCCAACUGCAGCCUGGCGCUGGCCGAAGAGCUGCUCUUGGAUGGCUGGGGGCUGCCACUAGACCCCGAGGGUCCCUACUCCUACUGCAACACGACUUUGGACCAGAUCGGGACGUGCUGGCCUCGGAGCGCGGCCGGAGCCCUGGUGGAGAGGCCGUGCCCCGAGUAUUUCAACGGCGUCAAGUACAACACGACCCGGAGUGCCUACCGAGAGUGCUUGGAGAAUGGGACGUGGGCCUCACGGAUCAACUACUCACAGUGUGAGCCCAUUUUUGAUGACAAGCAGAGGAAGUAUGACCUGCACUACCGUGUCGCUCUCGUUGUCAACUACCUGGGCCACUGCGUUUCUGUGGCGGCCCUUGUGGCCGCCUUCCUGCUUUUCCUGGCCCUGCGGAGCAUCCGCUGUCUGCGGAACGUGAUUCACUGGAACCUCAUCACCACCUUUAUCCUGCGAAAUGUCAUGUGGUUCCUGCUGCAGCUCAUCGACCACGAAGUGCAUGAGAGCAACGAGGUCUGGUGCCGCUGCAUCACCACCAUCUUCAACUACUUCGUGGUGACCAACUUCUUCUGGAUGUUCGUCGAGGGCUGCUACCUGCACACGGCCAUCGUCAUGACCUACUCCACCGAGUGUCUGCGGAAGUGGCUCUUCCUCUUCAUCGGAUGGUGCAUCCCCUGCCCCAUCAUCAUCGCCUGGGCUGUUGGGAAACUCUACUAUGAGAACGAACAGUGCUGGUUUGGCAAGGAGCCCGGUGAUCUGGUGGACUACAUCUACCAGGGCCCCAUCAUCCUUGUGCUCCUGAUCAACUUUGUAUUUCUGUUCAACAUCGUCAGGAUCCUCAUGACAAAAUUACGAGCCUCCACCACGUCAGAGACGAUCCAGUACAGGAAGGCAGUGAAGGCCACUCUGGUUCUCCUGCCCCUCCUGGGCAUCACCUACAUGCUCUUCUUCAUCAACCCUGGGGAGGACGACCUGUCGCAGAUCGUGUUCAUCUAUUUCAACUCCUUCCUGCAGUCUUUCCAGGGUUUCUUUGUGUCUGUCUUCUACUGCUUCUUCAAUGGAGAGGUGCGUUCGGCCGUGAGGAAGAGGUGGCACCGCUGGCAGGACCAUCACUCCCUCCGAGUCCCUGUGGCCCGGGCCAUGUCCAUCCCCACGUCGCCCACGCGGAUCAGCUUCCACAGCAUCAAGCAGACGGCUGCUGUAUGACCCCUCAGUCGCCCACCUCACCCAUCGCUCCAUCGGGACAGCUUCCCCAUCCUCCUUCACUGCCUUGCUCUGGGUUCUCCUUGCCAUGCAGGCCCUGGUGGGGGCAGGAGGGAAGGGAGAGACCGGCUCCCCAGCCUGGCAGGAGAGAGGCUGUGCAGCAGCGCGAGGCCACGCCAAGGAACCAGGGCCAGCUGGGCCCAAGGUCUCAGUGCGAGAGGGGGCAGAGAGCUAGAUCCUCACUGUAGCCCCAUUCACAGAUGAGGAAACUGAGGCCCAGAGCCAGGAAGGGCCAGCCCAAGUCACACAGCUAGUUCGUGGUGGACCCGGGGCUCCUCUGCCCCACUCACCGUGUGGGCCUUCCUGCCAGCAACAGGGUCACAGUUAGCCCUGCUCCCUGCCUUCUGCCUCCAUGCUCAAUGGCACCCUCUGCUGUUGGAGGAGGCACAGCAGCUGGAGUAAAGGAUUAAUUCAGCUGGGUUCAUCCCAGGGGCUCUCCCAGAGAACCUCACACCCCACCCUACCCCACCAUCCCUCCACCCCUCCCAGCCAUCCUGCUGCCCCUGGAGCCCCAUGAAGGAUACUGCCUCUUUUCUGGGAGACAUCUUCUCAGCCUAGUCCACAAAUUCAGAGGCUUGGGGAGGGCAGGUUGGGAGGAAGGCAGGGCCAGGGCAGCCGUACACUCGUAGGCUGACCAGAUACACAGGGCAGGAUGAAACGAGGAGAAGCAGCAUGGGAGACAGGUUGGCAGAAGGAAUGGGGUAGAAAUCGCAGAACCAAAGUAUGUCUUUGCUGAUUGGAACUAACCCCCAGCCCCGACCUGAGACGGCUUCAGCCUCCCCUUCAGAACCAACACCUUGACUCUCUGUGAAAUAAACCAUGCCUCUGUGGAAACGGCCUGCCCUCAGGUCCAGUCGACCAGGCAUCCGCAGGGGUGCUGUGGGCCGAAGAUGGUGGGCUGGGUCCAUCCUUGUUUGCAGAGACUCUGGCCCUGGCCUGGGGCCAGUUCUCCCUCUCUGACCUGUGCACCACUAGGUCUGUCCCUAGUCAUUCACCCAGGCCACUAUCUGCCCCUCCUUCCCAACCAAAGGCCGUUUAAUUCCACACGGGGGAGAAGUGCAGCUCACCCAGAAUGCCACAGAGGCCAAGCUUCUGGGAUCUGGAGGGCAGUGUAGACAAGGCCUGCAGUCUCCGUGGGCACCAACCACGGGGGGGUUUCCACCUCGUCUUCCAUCCCUGCUUCCCUCCAGGAAAGGGUGGGGGUCAGGGGGCAAGAGGAGCCAUCAGGCCAGCAUUUGAAAGCGCUUUUGCUCUAGGGACGCCUCCCCCAAAUUUUUCAAAUUAUGUAUCCCAUCUUGCAUGUUUUUAAGUUGACAUCUAAUAUUUUUCCAUAAGUUUUAAAACUUGCAAGAGAUGUAAUUUCUGGCAUUUGGUAAAUAUUUACAUUUUAAAAUAAAACUGUCACAACGCUUUAUAUCACACAGAAUUCAAACACAACAGUGAUUUAAUACCUACUCUCACCUAUUUAAA